AUGGUGGCCAACAAUGAGUACUUCUACUCCUCUGAAAGGCAAGCAGUCUCAAAGAAAGGUGUAUUUGAACUUGAAGGAGUUGAUACAAUAUUAGCUCAAAAUAAACUCAUGCACCAGCAACUUCAACAGCAAAUUGAAAUGAUGACAAAGAGGAUAGAUGGAUUACAACUUGCAGCAGUGAGCACAACUAACCAACCACCAGUGGUGUGGGGGCAGCAGGAGGAAAGCUAUGAAGAGCAGCAGCCUGAACAAGUGCAAUACAUGCACAAUCAAGGUUCUGGACCAUAUGAUUUCCAUGGAGACACUUACAACUCAUCUUGGCGAAACCACCCCAAUCUGAAAUGGGGAGAGAACCAGAAGAACCUAGAAAGACAAUUAGGACAACUGUCCAAGCAAACAGCAGUUGAGAGACCAACAAAUGCACUACCAAGUGACACUAUUCCCAACCCCAAAGAAGAAUGUAAAGCAAUUGAACUUAGGAGUGAAAAGACAUUGGAGAAUAACAAAGAAGCCAACAAGAAGCCAGUAGAGGAUGAUAAGGCCAAUAGCCAGGAAGAAGUGAAAGUUAAAGAGAAGGAUCAGGAAGAGCUCAGAAAGAAGGGUGAAGAGUCUCAAGCUUCAAAGAAGGGAAAACAAAUCAUGAUAGAGCCUCUACAAGAACAGAGGAAGGAAGUUAAACACUACAUCCCUCCUCUGCCGUAUCCCCAAAGAUUGCAAAGAGAGCUUAAGGAUCAACAGUUUCCCAAAUUCUUGGAAGUUUUUAAGAAGCUAAAAAUCAACAUUGCACUUGCUGAAGCAUUGGAGCAAAUGCCUCUUUAUGCAAAAUUUCUCAAAGAGCUCAUCAAUAAGAAAAGAAGCUGGAAUGAAAAGGAAACAAUGGUCUUAACUCAAGAAUGCAGUGCAGUGAUUUAA